UGUUCUAUUUAUUUCAAUAUUUACAUAUGGCAUCAUCAACUAACUGGAUAACAGGCAAUGGUAGACGCUCCUCAGGUGUAUCAUGCCCGUCAUCUAGUUUAAAUGUUUAUUGUUAUGCUUAUUUUGAGGGGAGUAUUGUCCCUGUGAUAGGUGCUGUUUCUUUAGAAAGCAGUACGCUUCUGUAUGAUUAUUUCUAUUGCAGUAAAAACACUUACCACGUGCAGGUGCACGGGAAUUCCAACGUUGACGUUGAGGAGUGUCCCACAUGUCCCACUCAGGUUCACCUUGUUUUUGUCUUGGAUGCCAUUGUCGCUGUUG